CGCAAGAGAUUUGUCGCUACCGUGGCUUGUAUCAGCACUGCCUUGAUCGGCAUCAUUUUGGGCAUUUACGCUGGUUUGGUUCCCUCAAUUCAGUACUACAUCAUCGACCAGUCUCAUGCCACAGUCCACGGCAACACUGGUUGCUUCCUGGGAUUGGCCAUUCCAACCUUUUUCUUGUGGCCACUUCCCUUGCUACAUGGGAGAAAGCCAUACAUCAUGACGAGCCUCGUCCUCGCCAUGCCUCUUCUGUUCCCUCAAGCUCUCGCAGUGAAUACCCAGAGGCUGACCAACACAGGGACAUGGAGAGCCAUGCUUCUCGCAUCGAGAACGCUUAUGGGAGGCUCACUUGGGUUUGCCAGUAUGAAUUUCCACUCUAUACUGAUGGAUUUAUUCGGCGCUUCGCUCAUGAGCACAAAUCCCCAUCAGGAAGUCGUUGACCACUACGAUGCAAGGCGGCAUGGCGGCGGCAUGGGAGUCUGGCUGGGGAUUUGGACGUGGUGUUGGAUUGGAUCUCUCGGCAUCGGCUUUUUUGUUGGGGCCUGCGUCAUCGACAAAUAUCCACCAACGUGGGGAUUUUAUAUCAGCAUCAUCAUAAUUGCUGUUGUACUCAUCCUCAAUGUCCUCUGCCCUGAGGUCCGCCGAUCUGCUUUCAGACGAUCGGUAGCGGAAGUGAGAACUGGUGGUGAUAUUUCACGCCGCGUAGCCCGGGGCGAGAUCAUGAUGCACAGGGUCAAAACUGGUCCCAAGUGGUGGGGGCAAGAGGUUUAUCAUGGCAUUCUCCUAACUCUAGAAAUGCUUCGCCAACCUGGCUUCCUGAUCCUAGCAAUCUACUCAGCAUGGAUCUACGCACAAGUGGUCUUGACCAUUGUAUUGCUGGGAUCGUUGACGUCCAAAUUUUACAAACUCCGAUCACCCAACGUGGGUUUGCUCGUUGGCAGCGUCGCUCUUGGAGCCAUACUGGCUAUUCCUUUUCAAAAGGCCAGUUUCUUUUCAAGAUCUCGCCAAGCACAGCUCAACACAAACAAGGCAACAAUGGAAAAGAAAAUUGCGUGGUCAUCCCACCUUGUUCGGCGCACCAUCUUUACCAUUUUACUGCCGCUAGCAGGAGUUUGCUAUGCGUCAGUAUCUUCCGGGCCCCCAAUGCAUGUUGGAGUACCAACAGUUUUUGCCUUUUGCAUAGGACUCUUGUCAUGUCUCGCUAUUGCAGAAUGCAAUGGCCUGGUGAUGGAGUGUUUUGACACUUCUGAUCUUUCUCCUGGAAUGACAGGACGUCAACGCAGCAAGUCGGGCAAGUCUGAAAAGCGAACAAACUACUCUUCUUUCCCAAGAGUGACUGCUGGUUUUGCGGCUAUUCAUACUCUGGCAUUCAUCUUUGCUGCGGGUGCCACUGCCCUUGGUGGUCUGGUCACCAGGACACUAGGUCAGCAAGUAGCUACCGGAGUCGUGGCAGGCAUCCUGUUCAUUCUCACCGUCAUGUUACUGUUAAUAUUGGCUCGGUUUACAAAUGUGCAAAUUAUACCAAAUUCAAAGAUGGAGGAGAUGGACCGACUAAUCGAGGCCCGCCGGAGAUCUACCAUACGGCGUGCCUCUAUGCCCGACGACCACCAAGCGGUGGUAGAGGAGGAAAAGGCAUGGAGACCUGCUAUGCUUGGAAACCCUAUUGGCAAAAUGCGAAGAAUGAAUGUCUUUGAGCUUGGAAGCAAAUCACGGUGGCAAGAGAUCCGCAAGAAAAAUAAGUUGGUUGACGAAAAUGCUCAUCUAAAUCAAGCAGCAUGGAAUCAGGGGCUAGAGGCACUGGAUGACAAACUAAGCGAUAUCCAGAGUGAUGUGGAAGACUUUUUCGGGCUGGGGAGCGUAAAGAAGCGAAGCUCGAGACGUUUGCGCCCUUCGGAUGAAACCAGCGACUCAGCACAGGACAUUGAGAUGACAGGUUUAGGAAAUCAGGCAUCUGGAUCAAGGCCAUCCCUAAAGCGCUUCGUGGAGAGAGAGUGCGUCAUGAGUCAAACGGUGGCAGAAGAGAAUGAAGGGUUGGACGAUCAUCGAAGAAACCGUUGA